AUGAAGGCUAUCGUACAGCGAGUGACCUCGGCGAAAGUGAUGGUUGGCGACGAGUUGGUCAGUUCGAUCGGACGAGGCCUGUGCGUGCUGGUCGGAAUAUCCACGGACGACAACGCGAACGAUGUAGACUGGCUUGCCCGGAAGCUGCUUAGCCUGCGUCUGUUCGAAGAGCCGGCCACCGGUAAACGAUGGAUGGAAUCGGUCGUGGACCAGCAGCUCGAAGUGCUUUGCGUGAGCCAGUUCACGUUGUACCACAGGCUGAAGGGAAAUCGGCCCGAUUUCAGCCGCGCCAUGCAGGGCUCGGCAGCGCAACAACUGUACGGAACGUUGCUGGAGAAGCUGCGCGGUCAAUACUCGCCGGAACGCAUCCAGGAUGGCCGGUUCGGGGCGAUGAUGCAGGUUUACAUCCAGAAUGACGGGCCAGUUACGUUGGAAAUUGAGUCGCCUGUCCAAAGCGAGCAAGAGCGCCAGAAAAUGCAGCGUACGCAGGAGCACAAGGCCAAAUCAAACGCCAAGGCAAGCGAAAAAACACCGGAAGUAGUUCCAAAUGACGGAAUUGAGAAGAUAAACAUUACAGAAUAAGAAAAAAUCGCCUUAGAAUCGUUAGGAUUUGACUCACGUGAAGGUUUCUGUAUUUAAUGGACUCAAUAAACUA